GAGAAAGAUGUGGAAAAUCAACCGGAAGCUGCUGGAAUUUAUGAAGUAGCAGCACCUCCACCAGAAAUUGAUGCCACACAUGAUAGAAUAGGAAUAUGUCAAUUAUUCCAUAUUUGUUUCCCUGUAAUUAGGCUUAGCAUUUAUGUAUUAGUUAACUAUGCAUUGUAUAAAUAUUGUAACAUUUCAUCAAUAAUAGACACCCAAUUAUCUCACUCUUACAUGGUAUCAGAGCAUGGACAUUCACUUUGUUCGAGAGAAGGUCGCCCGUGGUCAAGCACGCAUCAUUCAUGUUCCUUCUCGCCACCAGAUUGCGGAUAUCUUCACCAAAGGCCUCCCUCGAGUUCUCUUUGAUGAUUUUCGGACCAGUCUCAGCGUCAGUGAACCUCCCGCUUCGACUGCGGGGGUGUGAUAGAAUAGGAAUAUGUCAAUUAUUCCAUAUUUGUUUCCCUGUAAUUAGGCUUAGCAUUUAUGUAUUAGUCAACUAUGCAUUGUAUAAAUAUUGUAACAUUUCAUCAAUAAUAGACACCCAAUUAUCUCACUCUUACAACACACUCAGAAGCAGAACAUGGAGGAGAGAAAUGUGAAGCUAUUAUUUCUAAUGAAUUUGAUGACACAAUCUCACACUUAGAAUCUGAGCAUGAAGAAGAACCAGUGUAUGAUGUCAUAGACUCUGGAACAGAGCAUGAAGAAGAAGAACCAGUGUACGAUGUCAUAGACUCCGGAACAGAGCAUGAAGAAGAAGAACCAGUGUUUGAUGUCAUAGACUCUGGACCAGUGCAUGAAGAAGAACAAUUAACUGUUGGAAGAUGCAAAAAACGCAAGUUUUUAAACAAUGAUGAGCGCAAAGCUGUUUCACAACUCCUUUGGCAAUGCAAUCAUCAUGGAAAGAUAAAAGAGAAGGACAAAAACUUGAUUGCUAAAUCCUUUUCGGUUUCUGUUAGUGUCAUUGAACGUAUUUGGAGACGAACAAAAGAGAUAGGAGAUGCAUCUCACAAAAAAACUAAAAAUUGUGGGCGAAAGAGAGUUCAAUUGGAUAGUGUUCAAUUCACCCAAGUUCCUCUAUCAAGUAGGACUACAUUGCGAGACUUGGCCUGUAGUUUGAAUAUAAACAAGACCUCCAUAAUAAGGCUUCUAAAGGAAGGAGAGAUACGUCGUCACUCAAAUCCCUUAAGGCCUACGAUGAAGGAAGAAAACAAGACAGCUAGACUAAAGUUUUGUUUAUCAAUGAUGGAAAGUGCUACAAUACCACAUGACCCAAUUUUUAAAGCUAUGUACAACAUUGUUCAUAUAGAUGAAAAAUGGUUUUACAUGACAAAGAAGUCUACAAACUACUACUUGUUGCCGGACGAAGCAGACCCAUUGCGCUAUUGCAAAAACAAAAAUUUCAUCGGUAAGGUAAUGUUUUUAGUUGCUAUUGCUCGGCCAAGAUUUGAUGCUGAAGGGAAUGAAACUUUUUCUGGAAAAAUUGGAGUUUUUCCUUUUGUCACCAAAGAGCCGGCGAAGAGGACUAGUGUUAAUAGAGUUGCAGGUACACUUGAAACAAAACCUAUCACCUCAGUGACUAGAGAAAUUAGCAGAUCAUUCUUAAUUGAAAAAGUGAUUCCUGCUAUAAAAGAAAAGUGGCCAAGAGAUGACAUACACAUUCCAAUUUUCAUCCAACAAGACAACGCUAGAAGUCACAUUAAGGAAAAUGAUAGUGAAUUCUGUCGAGUUGCGAAAGAAGAUGGAUUUGAUAUUCGGCUCAUGUGUCAACCUCCGAAUUCCCCAGAUUUAAAUGUCUUAGACCUGGGUUUCUUUAGUGCCAUUCAAGCAUUACAGUACAAGGAACCAACAAGAACAAUUGAUGAACUUAUUGGUGCAGUAGUCAAAUCAUUUGAAUCCUUUUCAUCUAUUGUUUCAAAUAAGAUUUUCUUGACAUUACAGACAUGCAUGAUUGAAAUCAUGAAAGAAAGAGGGUCGAACAAUUACUACGUCCAACAUAUGAAGAAAGAAGUCUUGCAAAGGGAAGGACAGCUGCCAACUCAACUCAAAUGUGAUUCAUCAUUGGUUGAAGAAGUGAUUCAAUAUUUGACAGUUAUUGGGGAAUUGUAGGCUAUGUAACAGUGGUUUUAAUUUUUCCAUCCCUUUCAUUGUAGAGUGGAAAGUGAGAAAGAUAUUGCUGGAUUGUGAGUAAAAUACCACUUGUCAUCAUAAGGCU